UCGCUCUCUCUCCAGCCUUCGAGUGUCGAGGGUCCCGCCGCGGACCGGACUCGCGGACGCCUCCCGUCCCCGGUCCGCUUCCGAACGUGAGCCGGGGAGCGCCCCCCGCCCCUCACCUCGGCGCCAGCCCUGCGAACGGGAGGCGCGAUGGAGUUCAAGCUGGAGGCGCACCGCAUCGUCAGCAUCUCCCUGGGCAAGAUCUACAACUCGCGGGUCCAGCGCGGCGGCAUCAAGCUGCACAAGAACCUGCUGGUCUCGCUGGUGCUGCGCAGCGCCCGCCAGGUCUACCUGAGUGACCCGUGCCCGGGCCUCUACCUGGCCGGCCCCGCGGGGAGCCCGGCGGUGCCGCCGCCGCCGCCGCCGCAGCAGCAGCAGCAGCAACAGCAGCCCGGGGAGCCGGCGGCCGGGCCGCCCGCGGGCUGGGGAGAGCCGCCGCCGCCGCCGCCGCCGGCCGCCCGAGCCGCCUGGCCCGAGCCCGAGCCGCAGCCGGAGCGCCCCGCGGCCCCCGUCACGGGCGCCGGGGACGCUCCUCGGGGCGGAGAGGUGGAGGCGGCGGAAGCUGCCUGGCGCCGCGUGGAGGGAGCGCGCGAGGCGGCGGAGGGAGGAGCCGCGGGCCCCGCCGGAGGCUCGGACGGCUUCCCCGAGGGGCCCCGGGGGGCGCGCCGCCAGUGCGGCUGCCCCCCGGGAGCGGAGGACAGGCCCGGGGCGCCGGGCGCGUGCCCCCGACUGGCCUGCUGCUGCGCGCCGCGGCCCGCCGAGGACGAGCCCCCAGCGCCGCCCGCCGUCGGCCCCCGGAAGCGAGGCGCGGCGGGCGUGGGUGGCGGCCCCGCGGGCGGCCCGGCGUCCGGCUCCAGCCCGCUGAAGAAGCCCCGCCGGAACUCGGAGGAGCAGCCGGGCGGGGCGGCGGCGGCGGCGGAGGAGGAGGAGGAGGAGAUGGAGACCGGUAACGUGGCUAACCUCAUUAGCAUCUUCGGUUCCAGCUUCUCGGGACUGUUGCGGAAAAGCCCCGGGGGCGGCCGCGAGGAAGCCGAGGGAGAGGAGAGCGGUCCGGAAGCCGCGGAGCCCGGGCAGAUCUGCUGCGAUAAGCCGGUGCUGAGAGACAUUAACCCUUGGAGCACAGCCAUCGUGGCCUUCUGAGCCCCCGGCGCCCCCUUCGGAAGGAGGCUGAGCCGCGGGGUGGCCCCGACGUGAGGCUGCGAGGGCGGCCGCGGGACCGUAGGCGCUGGGCGCGCGGCGGAGACUGUGGGCGCUGCCGGGCAGCACGGACUCGCCCCCGGGC